AUGACUUUCUUGAGGUCACCUUGCACUCUAAGCUUACGCAUUCAGGUACCGGCCACGGCCCGUCGUGAACCAAGAUGCUCCACGAACAGCGUCGACCGUCUAUCGAAACCCUUCAAAUGUCCAGGCAUAGCCACGGCUACACGAACAUCAGACAAGCCAGCGAGGAAGCGUAGGAAGGUGAACUAUGCAGGGGCCGAUGGCACGGUGGACGACGACAGCGUCAAGCCAUAUACCAACGAGGAUCGCUUAGCGCUCGCAACAAGAGAUGCGAACAGGUUCCCUAGCUUCAAGGUCAAGGACAAAGAGAUGACGUUCAAGCAAAGAUUCAAAAUUCCUCUGAUCAAUAAGUCGUCUGACGCCUAUAAUAGCUCUAGACCAGCGCCCACGCUUGGUAUGAGGCAAGGCGCUACAUUUGUUGUGAAACCAUUGCAUGAUCCGAGCGGGGAGUUUGCUAUAGUGCUAUAUGACCCAACGGUCGAUGACGUUAACGAGCCAGAAGUGAAGGAAAGGGCCACGGCCGAUACAGAAGAGCAGAAGCCAAAGUUGGAUGAGCCAUUGGUACAUAAGAGUUUGGCAGAUAUUCUUGGGCUCAAGAAGAAGACUGAAGGGCGACCGAAAGUUCCGGUUGUUAUAGAUCCACGGCUGGCGAAAGUGCUACGACCUCACCAGGUUGAGGGUGUCAAGUUCCUUUACCGUUGUACAACUGGCAUGGUUGACAAGAAUGCGAAUGGUUGCAUCAUGGCAGAUGGGAUGGGUCUGGGCAAGACGCUUCAAUGUAUCUCAUUGAUGUGGACGCUCCUCAAGCAAUCUCCAGAAGCGGGAGUAACAACCAUACAAAAGUGCAUUAUCGCUUGUCCGUCAAGUUUGGUCGGAAACUGGGCCAAUGAACUAGUGAAAUGGUUGGGCAAGGACGCCAUCACACCUUUUGCGGUCGACGGUAAAGCCUCGAAGACAGAGCUCAUCAGUCAGAUGAAACAAUGGGCCAUUGCUUCGGGACGGGCUAUUGUCAGACCAGUACUCAUCAUAUCGUAUGAAACACUCCGGUUAUAUGUUGACACACUGAGGGACAGUCCUAUCGGCCUACUUCUUUGUGACGAAGGUCAUAGAUUGAAGAACAAGGAGAGUUUGACAUGGACAGCGCUCAACGGCCUGAAUGUACAGCGUCGGGUGAUCUUGUCCGGCACUCCCAUUCAGAACGACCUUUCAGAAUACUUUGCUCUUCUCCAUUUUGCUAACCCUAAUUUACUGGGGUCGCAGAACGAGUUCCGGAAAAGGUUCGAAUUGCCCAUUCUCAGAGGAAGAGAUGCCGCAGGAACAGAAGAAGACCUCAAGAAGGGUGAUGAGCGUCUUGCCGAACUCUCCGGCAUUGUAAACAAGUUUAUCAUACGACGCACGAACGAUAUUCUGUCAAAGUACUUGCCAGUCAAGUACGAACAUGUUGUUUUCUGCAACAUGUCCGCCUUUCAACUGGGCUUAUAUAAGCAUUUCAUUCAGAGUCCUGAAAUCAAAAGCUUACUUCGAGGCAAGGGAAGUCAACCCCUGAAAGCAAUCGGUCUUUUGAAAAAGCUUUGCAACCAUCCGGACCUUCUUAAUCUCUCUAAUGACCUGCCGGGUUGCGAGUACACCUUCCCAGAGGACUAUGUCCCGCCGGAAGCAAGAGGGCGUGAUCGAGAUAUCAAAUCUUGGUAUUCAGGGAAGAUGAUGGUCUUGGAUCGAAUGCUAGCUCGUAUUCGCCAGGAUACUAAUGACAAAAUUGUUUUGAUUAGCAAUUACACCCAGACCCUCGACCUUUUCGAGAAGCUGUGCAGAACCCGGGGGUACGGCUCCUUGCGACUGGACGGAACCAUGACUGUUGGGAAACGACAGAAGCUGGUCGAUAAGUUCAAUAAUCCCGAUGGGGAAGAGUUUGUGUUCCUGCUGAGCAGUAAGGCUGGUGGCUGCGGCCUGAAUUUAAUAGGUGCAAACCGCCUUGUUCUUUUUGACCCCGAUUGGAAUCCAGCGGCCGAUCAGCAGGCUCUGGCGCGGGUGUGGCGUGAUGGCCAGAAGAAAGACUGCUUCGUCUACCGUUUCAUCGCGACUGGAUCAAUUGAGGAGAAGAUCUUUCAGCGUCAGUCUCAUAAACAGUCACUUUCUUCGUGUGUCGUGGAUUCGGCCGAGGAUGUCGAGCGACACUUCUCGCUGGAAUCCCUCCGAGAGCUCUUUCAAUUCAAACCGGAAACGCGGAGCGAUACACAUGACACGUUCAAAUGCAAGCGAUGCCGACCGGAUGGAACACAAUACAUUAAGGCGCCAGCCAUGUUGUACGGUGACACGAGUACUUGGAAUCAUUUUGUUAAUGACGGAGAGCAGGGAGCUCUCAGCAAGAUCCAGGACUUGCUGAUACGCCAAGAGACUGGAGAGCGUGAUGUCUCUGCCGUUUUUCAGUCUUUGCGAACACGAGAGAGUCGAGACCGUCGUCUCACCGCCCAGCCUAGCCAGACAUCGCCUUCACGCCAUGAAAACCACUUAUCUACAUCAACAACCCCGGAGCUUACAAUAAUGUGGCGGGUGGCUAACGCACAUGGGAUUAUUACCAGGCUCGAGAAGGUCGUCCGCGAUGCUGCUUUCAGGGGUGAACACGAGGAGAUUCAAAAGAUCGUCGACCAACUCUGCCAUGACUACGCCUAUGCGGUACACCAACCUCACGCGAGAAACGGCGGGGUUGCUCCUUAUCUUAAGGAAAUCGUGCCGCCGGUGCUUGCUUGCUUUUCCGACCAAGAUGCGCGAGUCCGGUAUUAUGCCUGCGAGAGCAUGUACAACAUUGCCAAAGUUGCGAAAGGGGAGGUACUACUCUUCUUCAAUGAUAUAUUCGAUGCAUUGAGUAAGCUAGCUUCCGAUUCGGAGCUUUCGGUCAAAAACGGUGCAGAACUUCUCGAUAGGCUCGUCAAAGAUAUUGUAUCGGAAUCCGCAGCCUCCCACAUCUCCGUCCUACAGCUUAGUGAAAAGGAAGCGACAGAUCCUGAGGGCUUGGACGAUGCUGAACUUCCUACCGCCUUUUCGCUCCCCAAGUUCAUACCUUUGCUCAAAGAGCGAAUCCACGUCAUCAGCGCAUUUACUCGCACGUUCCUGGUAUCAUGGCUGACUCUGCUGGAUACAAUUCCCGAUCUGGAGUUGAUAUCGUAUUUGCCGGAAUUCCUAGGAGGCUUGAUAAAGUUUUUGGGUGAUCCGAACAGAGAUGUCAACGUCGCCACCCAAGCGCUUCUCGAUAGGUUCCUGUCGGAAAUCAAGAGAAUUGCGCGACUGAAGAAGGGGAUCGAAGAAAGUCGGAAAGGUCAAGGCAGCGAUAUCAGACAGUCAGCUACCAGCGAUAGUAUGAGCGUUGCGACGACUACCGAUCAGACUGUAGCUGUCGAGUCUGAAGUGACUGACAACGCCAUAGAAGACUCUGAGGCAGGGUCAGUUACCGAUGAAGAAGGCUUGCACGUGGAUGGGGACUGGAUUCCCGGACAAGAUGUUCAGAUUGACUAUGCCAAGAUAUUAGACAUCCUCGUUGGUUUCGUUGAUACAUCGUUCGUCGAGGAAAUGCAGCUGACUGCGCUGCGCUGGAUCGACAACUUCUUCGAGAUCAGCCCAGAAGACAUUCUCCCUUUCGUACCUCGUCUCCUCACUCAAGUGCUCCCAGCAAUGUCCAGUGGCUCGGAUCAAGUGCGGCAGGCCGCCAACCGGGUCAACACGUCUUUGAUGGAGUAUAUUGUCACACUGUCCGAAGAUAUACUAGACGAAAGUCGGCAAAUGGUCUUGAAAAAUAACAGCAAAGAAAAUACGGAGCGAAGGUCGUCUACGCCAGUUAGCAAGCCUCCCGAGACGCCUUCGAGCGAAUCCAAGAAGCAAUUGUCUCAGCCAGAGGCAUCGGUCGAGCCAACCCCUCGAAGCAGCAUUUCAACACCAUUACCACCCGCCGAUCUCGAUUAUGCUGCUGCCGUGAACUCCCUUACCCUACAGUUCCUGAACGAAAACGAAGCCACCAGAGUAGCUGCGCUUUCUUGGCUUAUCAUGUUGCACCGGAAGGCGCCCAAGAAGGUAAUAGCAUUUAAUGAUGGCACCUUUCCUGCUCUUCUGAAGACACUGUCCGAUCCGGCCGAAGCCGUCGUCACCAAAGAUCUCCAGCUUCUGUCUCAGAUUUCCAGAAACAGCGAGGACAGUUACUUCAAGUCUUUCAUGGUGAAUCUCCUGCAGCUGUUCUCUACGGACAGACACCUGCUCGAGGUACGGGGAAACCUAAUUAUCCGACAACUGUGCAUGAAUCUUAGUCCAGAGCGCAUUUACCGAACGCUGGCAGAUUGUCUCGAGAAGGAAGAGGAUAUCGAGUUCGCUAGUAUCAUGGUUCAGAAUCUAAACAACAACCUGAUAACCGCCCCUGAACUGUCGGAAUUGCGAAAGCGCUUGCGGAAUUUGGAUGCCAAGGAUGGACAGAUGUUCUUUGUAGCGCUGUUCCGGUCGUGGUGCCACAAUGCCGUCUCUACUUUCUCCCUCUGUCUACUCGCGCAAGCUUACGAGCAGGCGUACAACCUUCUCCAAGUUUUUGCCGAGCUCGAAAUGACAGUGAACAUGUUAAUCCAAAUAGACAAGCUAGUCCAACUCCUAGAAUCACCCGUCUUCACAUACCUACGCCUCCAGCUCCUUGAACCAGAACGAUACCCGUACCUCUACAAAUGCCUCUACGGCGUCCUCAUGCUCCUCCCGCAGAGCUCCGCCUUCGCAGCGCUCAAAAACCGCCUUAACAGCGUCAGCAGCAUUGGCCUCAUCCACACCGGGCCUCGACAAACCACCCUAUCAUCCUCAACCUCUACCUCCUCGACAUCCACCUACGACCGCUCCACCAACAGCCGGCUCAAACGCGACGACCCGCCAAUCCGAUGGGUCGAACUCCUGGACAAGUUCAAAACCGUUCAAGAGAAAGCCCGCCGCUCUCAACGCGCCUCCCAGCGUCCCUUCGACGCAGACGGGCCCUCGUCCUCCAGCAAUAACAACAACAAUAACGCAGGCGACCAGGUUCGCGGCGGCGGCGGUAGCACCAGAGACCGUGUCUCGGCAUUACCUGACACGCCGCGCGGAAUAGUCGGAGGGAAUACCGGCGGUGGGGGAAAUGAAGGUGGUAGUGGUCGGGGGACGAACGAAGGGGGUGCGGGCAAAUCGUCGCCGGGGGGCAUUCUGGGCGGUGCGCAUAGACAUAAAUCUAGCUUGUCGAAUCUGGGGAGAUUGGGGAUUGGCGGGAGAAAGUCGAAGAGGUGA